UUUUGUGUUCAAUCUCUUAAAGUGACACGCGGUGGUGGUCGUGGUGGUAUGACGUGAAGAUGAAGAAACAGCCGGAAGAGAACAAGAACAAGAAGAAAAAGAGCCGGACAGCAAAGGCGUCCGGAAGCGACGGCCAGCAAAUGAGGACCGUGCUGGACUCUGUGGCUGUUGCUCUCGUCAAAUUGUUGCUACUCCUCGUCGUGGCCUGGAUCACCCUCCAGUGCUGCCCGUCUUCUUUGGCUGGCGUCAUCAAGGCGUCGGCAAGUGCGGCGUCCAUCGGCGUCGAUCGCCCACCAGCAACGGCCUCGGUGGCGGGAGCCAACGCCAGUGGCCCGUCUCCUUCCGGUCGAGUCGUCAGAACCAAAUACGGAAAUUUGCGCGGAUUCAUUCUGCCCGUCAUCACGUCCCAGCAGAGUUCAGGAAACAACAACCAUCGCAGUAAAGCGACUCCUGCAGGAUCCAGCAGCAACAACAACAACAACAAUGUCGAGGCUUUUCUGGGCAUCCCGUACGCGGCGGCGCCGAUUGGUUCCCUGCGUUACCUGCCGCCGGCCAGUCCCGGACCUUGGGGUCCGUCCAUUCGUCCGGCCAUUUCUCUGCCGCCGGCCUGUCCACAGCAAAUGCCGCCGCUGUCCAACAGGAGCGCCAGUUUGGAGUCGAUGCCCCGGGCUCGUUACUACCAACUCAAGAGGAUGCAGUUGAUGUUGGCUAAUCAGAGCGAAGAUUGUCUCUUCCUCAACAUUUACGCUCCUUCCGAAGGAUUUAGCGGGUCGGGAUCGACGACGACGCCGUUCAGCACGUCGUUGGCCGUUGUCGUUCUGAUUCACGGCGAGUCGUACUCGUGGGGUGCUGGGCAUUUGAUGGACGGCGGAAUGUUGGCCGCCAAAAGUCGAAUGGUCGUCGUCACCCUCAACUACCGUCUCGGCAUUUUAGGGUUCCUGCAGACGGCCGCCAGUCCCACGCCCGGCCAGACCCGAGGCAAGAGCAAACACGCCAUUCCCACUCAGGGCAACUACGGAUUACUCGACAUUAUGGCGGCCCUGGUGUGGCUGAAGGACAACAUUGGCGGUUUCGGCGGCGAUUCGAAUCGCAUCACUUUGAGCGGACACGGAACGGGAGCGGCCCUGGUCAACCUCCUGAUGAUUUCGCCUCUAGCGGCCGGUUUGUUUCAACGAGCUGUGCUCAUGUCUGGCUCGGCUUUGAGCCCCUGGGCGUUAAAUCAUGAGGCCGGAUGGCUCAAGGCGGAAGUGGCACGCCAGAUGGACUGCGGCCCUCCGUCGGAUCAACAACAGCAGCAGUCCAACAACAAGGAAAUGAGUUUGAUGAUGGCCGACAUUGGCGAUUGUCUCAGAAAACGGCCGCUCGAAUCGCUGAUGGCCGUCCGGCUUCCGCCGACUCCGCGAUUCUGCACGACAUUCGCCCCCUUCGUGGACGGGGCAGGUAUCGUGGCCGUCGAUCCCCUUCACGCCAUGCAGUCGGCCAGUCAGGAUUUCGCCCGCAUUCCGCUAGUGGCCGGCGUCACAUCCAUCGAAAGUUACCGACACACCGGGGACAAGGAUCUGCGUGAGGGAAUCAGUGAGGAUCGCCGCGAUCGUACCCUGCGCACCCUGAUCCGCAAUUUCUACCAGUUCCACCUCAACGAAAUCUUUUACGUCUUGAGGAACGAGUACACGGACUGGGACCGGCCGUCGGCCCUGGACGCCCUGUCGAUGCGCGACAGCCUCUCGCUGGCCCUCAGCGACUCGCUGGUGGUGGCGCCGCUCAUGCACGUCGUCCACUUGCACGCACAGCGUUCGGCCAACCCGUCCGGCACCUUCUUCUACCACUACCAGGGCCAGCAGCAGCAGCAACAACCGCCGGCCAUUCUCGCCCAACCGCCAAUGGCCAACGUCGGCCAGCAGCUCUCCGCCGACGCCGAUCUCUCUGACUACAACCGACUGGGGAGCGUGACGGGAGACGAGCUGGAAGCUCUGGAGCUGGACGCCACGGCCAACGGGGCCCCUUGGUACAAUUGGGACGACGACCACGAAGAGACCAGUUACAUCCUCAACAUCAUCAGCAACGGCAACAACAACAACACGAUUCAUCAUCACGAAGGAACAGCGAUGAGCGGAUCGCAGUUCCUGCCGUUCCUGACGGCCUUCGCCAGCACCGGGGAUCCUAAUUUGGAGAUUGGCAGCAAAGGCGAGCUGAUUCCGAGAUCGAAACUCCGCUGGGAGCCGUUCAACCUGCACUCGCAAUACUACAUGGUCUUUGGAGGACAACAGCAGCAACACGCCCAUCUCAAGACGCACUACAGAGGCCACCACAUUGCCGUUUGGCUCCAGUUGAUUCCGCAAUUGCAUCAACCGGGCGGCGAUCCGGCUUCCUACGCAACGGCUUCCUCCUAUUCCAACCACCACCGGUUCGAUCGCAAAAACACGCCCGUCGAACAAUUCUACGAAGGAGUCGUCCGCCAACCGUAUCACUUGCCCGGCACCGGAAAUGCGACGACGGGCUGGCCGUCGAUUGGCACGGGACCAACGGCAUUCAGCGGGGCAAUGCCCGUCGAGUGUAGCAGUUCCGGAAACUUCCAGCGCGUCCCCAACAAUUUCACGCUCAACGCCACGUCCUCGGGGAUCGGGAGCGACUGGACUCUGGUGAAUCCCAACGUCAUGGCGUCGGAAACGGGCAACAACAACAACACGGUGGCGGCCACUGCCUCUGGUGGCAACAUGCUGGGCUUCUUCUGGACCAACGAAACAGCCCUGUGCAUCACCUUGGUGCUGGGCGUUUUCUUCCUGGCCGCCAAUCUGAUCCUCUUUGUCGCCAUUUAUCGACGCCGGAUGGCCUGCGGUCGGCGACCCAACGGCGACAAGCGACACGACGACGACACUAGUCUCCAAGCCACGAGGGCAGAGGCUGUACCACUCUCGUACUUCCAGAAUGAGACGGAAUUUAGCAUCACGAUCCUUGCGGUUGCGCUCCAAAUGCUUGCGGAUGGCCACAGCUUUCUUGAUCAAAAAGUACAAAUCUUCAGGAAGCUCGGGGGCGAGGCCUUUCUUCUUCAAGAUUCGCAACACUUUGUUGCCAGUCACGAAUCGGACCUGGGCGACUCCGUGGGAGUCUCGGAAAAAGCAAAAAUGGAUUCCACCUUGCUGCGGUCAAAAGCCCUCCCCACACCAAAAGACAACAACGUUGUCAAGAUUGCCGUUGAAAUGGCCGGCAAGACGCCACAGUUGAUUGAGCUCAAUCAAAAGCAACCUCUGUCUACCAUCAUUCAAGAUCUGUGCAACUAUUGGAAUCUAAUAGAUGCUGAGACGUAUGCGCUGCGAUUUAACAUGGAAGCAAAUCGAGCCUUUGUCAGCGAACAAAACCGAUUGGACGUCAAGAACGGCCAUGUUCUGCAGUUGGGAUUUUCACCUGGCAAAAUCACGCAGAGCAUCCUCGAUCAACUUUCUCCUCAGUCGGCUCAUGAAGAUAAAAUGAAGGCUGUCCAAGAGUUGGCAGGCCAUGCCACCGAUCCUACUUUCACGGCCGAAUUCACAGAGAAGCAAGGCAUGAAAAUGUUGAUUGCCUACAUUGAAAACAUGGAGACGGGCAAACCAUCCGACCAGAUUACAGCCCUUCUUCUCCCGGCCUUUGUCGAUCUGAUGGAUCACGGACUAACGCAGUGGGAUGUCUUGGAACCGUCGUUCAUCAAGAAGAUCGCAUUUUACAUCAACAGUCAGGCGAGCGCACAGGAUCCGCGGACUCUUCAGGCGGCCCUGUCCAUUCUGGAGAGCAUUGCACAUAAUUCGAGUACCAAGUACGCGAUAGUCGAAAAGGAGUUGACCAUUCCCAAUCUGGCGAUGCAUCUGCAAAACGCAUCGGCAGCCAUUCAGCAAAACACUUUGGCGUUGAUCAACGCUCUUUUCCUCAAAGCCGAUGAUUCCAAGCGAACAGCCAUGAGCAAAACCAUCAACUCUCGCCAGAUUCGUAAUACGAUCGUCAUGAGCAUCAUUCAAGUGCCUGGAGUAGCGAGCGGUAAUGAGGUUGCCCACCAACUGCACGUACUCCAAACGCUGCUGUUGAACGUGCUGGAAGAGCCAAUGAACCGGCCAAUUGAAUCGGGAGACGUCGAGGCUCUCGAGAAGAUCAGAGAACUGCGGCGAAUUGCAUUUGACAACGACGGCAGCGACUCUGUCACUCCCGUCAAAGACGUGGUCACUCGCAAACAGGUCAUUCCGCGAGAUUUCCGCAAAUUAGGAUUCAGGAACGACGCAACUCCACUCAACGAUUUCGCUCAGGUUCCACCGGGUGCAUUAGCUCUCGAUGCAAUGCACUACUUUGCUCUCUACCAUCCGGAAAAAUACUCGAGAGUGGUGCUGGAGAAUUCGGGACGAGGCGACGACUAUGAUUGUCCAUUUGCCCGAGCCGCCAUCGAACUAACCAAAUUAUUGUGCGAAAUUCUCAAGAUUGGGGAAGCACCGACUGAGCAAGGGACGUCGUUUCACCCCAUGUUCUUUAAUCACGACCACCCGUUUGAGGAGCUCUUUUGCAUUUGCCUGGUGGUGGUGAACAAGACGUGGAAGGAAAUGCGAGCAACAGUUGAAGAUUUCGCCAAAGUAUUCUCGGUUGUUCGCGAGCAAAUCACGCGCGUUCUAGCCGGACGCCCUCCGUCACAGGAAAUAUUCAAGGAGCGGAUAGCUGCACUCACCUACGCUGAAAUCACGGAUUUGUGGCAACAGGAGCGUACAAGUCGUGAGAAAUGGGAGUCCAGGUCACGGCCCAUUAUGGAAUUGCGCCAACAAAUCGAGCCGGAAAUUCUCGAACUCAUUCAGCAACAGAGACUAGGAUUCCUCACAGAGGGCACUCGCUUCAGCAAGUACACCAAUCGAGGGAGGGUCAAGGACAAGUUUUGGUACGUUCGCCUGUCGCCUAAUCACCGAGUCUUGCAUUACGGCGAUUGCGAUGAAAAGAGCGUUCCGGCACUAGACGAAUUGAAGGAGAAAUUGUCCAUUGUCGACAUCCGCACUCUGGUCACCGGAAAAGAUUGCCCACACAUGAAAGAUCUAAAGGGUAAGAAGACAACGUCGCAAUUUCCAUUUUCGUUGAUGCUCGAUUCUCAUGAUGUGGGAUCGCUGGAUUUCGUGGCACCCGAUCAGCAAACGUUCGACUACUGGGUAGAUGGAAUCAAUGCACUUCUAGGCAAUAAAAUGACGAGCAAAGAGGCCAUGGCCGAUUUGGAAUUUCUACUGUCGAUGAACACAAAACUCAGGUUGCUCGACGUGGAAGGAUUGGACUUGCCCGAAGAGCCGCCAGCCAUACCCCGCGAACCCACCAAUUACGAUUUCGCCGUGGAGAUCAAGUAGAAGAUCUGAUUCGCAUGUGGCAGGAGUGUGGACACAACAAUUUACCUAGUCGUUCCUAAUGAAGAAAGAACAAAAAUCCCAGGCUGUCUUCCCAAUUCCAGUACCUUUCGCCUUUUAUUAAAUCGAUGUGGUGGAGAUCUCGAUUGCUUUUUAAAUAAUUAGCAUUUACCUCAGAAUGAAAUCAGUCGUUGAGGCAAAAAGAAAUCACAAAAGGUAUGAGCUGUCUCAAUGAGUUAUCAUCAUAAUAUUUUGACUGGUGAAUUUACAGGAUGCAAAAUACAACAUACGAGUGUUUUAAUUUUUACCGCCAA